GAGAGAAGAGAGAGGGAAGGAGGGAGAAAAAAAAGGAACAAAUGAAGCAACUCUUUGGGAAAUGUUUCCACAUAGUUUGUUUCUCUGCCUGUUGGGCAUUGCAGAGAUAUUUGCUCUGUUAGCAGCUUCAUUCCAGCUGCAUAAAUUAGCCAUUUUGAAUGAACCCUCUUGUAAAGAAACAGUGACACCCAGCGGACAGACGCCGCCACUGCAGCCUUGUACCCUGUAGGCGUACAGUGAAAGCGAAACAGAAACAUAACUGUUAAGCUCGUUUGUGUGUAGCAACGGAGUGUAGGGGGGAAAAAACGCGGGCUACAGCAGACAUGUUUAUCAGCUAGUCUCGUCUUCAAACAUCAUGGAGACCUGCAAGAAGGGAAGGAGGACGGUGGUCGUGUCCGGCGUGCCCGACGUGUUGCCCGUCAGCCGCAUGAUUGACAAGCUAACCAUUCACUUCCAGAGCCGCAGGAGGAGUCACGGAGGGGACGUCGAGGUGGUCACCUAUCCCACCAACAUGGACGGUGUGGCGUUUGUCAGCUUUGACGAAGCUGCAGAUGCAGAGAAUGUGGUGCGAAAGGACCAACACAAAAUGGCGGACGACGAGUUUCCUGAAGAGUACGUUCUCACGGUGUUCCCGUUCACCAGAGAUGUGUUCUUCUUUGUUACCAAUGCUCUGGUCGACCUCUCAGAAUUCGGCAGAGAUCAAGAGUCGCUGAUUCAGAGUCUGCGGUCAGCUCACAGGUCGCUGCAUUUCCAGCCUGUACUCAAGCGAAGGAGAGUUGUAAUCCAGGGGCCAUUCUCUGCCGUCCAGGCCCUGAGAGGGGACCUCAAACGCAGGAGCAGCCAACUUAAAUCUUCAGUCUCAGCUCCAACUGCUGCCAUCAAACUAAGAGAAACUCCUUUUAAUCCAGAGGUAAUAUCUCAUCACGAGGUUGUCAGCUCUGUAAGCCGCAGUCGUUCUAAAGCUAAGCUCGAGCCAGCAAGCUCAAACAGCUUAUCAACACCGCUGCAGACCACAGGCGAGGCAACUCAAGUCCAAGCCUCGCUCUCAAAUGCAAAAACUCAAAUCACUUCCCCGAUACAAAAAGUUUCCUGUGGGAGUAUGGCUGUAGGGAGCUUUUGCGACACAGACAAUGCUGACGAGGAGCAGGGAGCUCGGUCCAGGCUCCAAAUGCCCACAGAAUAUAGAACAGAGUGGGCAAAGGCCAACCCCAGACUAGUGUUGGGAGAGGAGAUCAAUGCAGGAAUUAAAUCUUCCUUAUCAGGUCUGGACCUCGGUGCAGAGAAAAUAACAGAAAAACAACCCAGAAAGGACAACACUUCACAAAAAAACACCAGACCAGACAGGUCAGCAACCAAGGACAGAGGAGAGAUUCAUUUGGACUUCCAUUACAGAGAAUCAGAUCAGAGCAGCUCAGCCGUCACCGCUAAGCUUCUCCAGACCGCACUUAAAGAUGUCUUGCAGUCCUCCGAGAGCAUUACCAAGGAUACAGGAGAGCUGUCUGCAGUCUGUCCAGAUCUGGAGAAUUCGUCCAUCUGGGUUGACUCAUACACAUUCGAAUACAUAAAAAAAUAUGACAAGACAUAUUUGGACAUGUGCUUGAGAGGUCUUGAUGCGUCCGUUGAGCGCGCUGAAGGAACUGACCUCACACGGAUAUCAUUGACUGAGAAGCAAGCACCCAAGACGGGCUCAAGGAUCCAGCAGACCUUGAUAAAACUCAGCACGUUGGUGGAGUGGUGGAUGUCAAGGUUAAGAGUUAAUCAGAUUGACUAUGACGAGAGGGAGUACCCUGACAAACAGAAACUGAGUCAGAUCUGUGACGAUGAGAACUCUGUGUCCAGAGACGUUCUAUACGUGUUCGAAGAUGCUUGCAUAAAAGUGAUCGGCCCUUCAUUUUCUAGUCACAUGUUCUCUAAGAGUGUCGAAGAUAGAAUUGGUAAAGACAAAUCCCUGAGAAAGUAAUAGAUGAAGAAAAACAUGAGUGUAGUUCUAUCACCGGCCACAGGGUGGUGCCGUUGUGUUGUUUGUUGUCUUCACAUAGCUUGAAUUUGUAGUACCUUAGGUACAGUGUUUGAUUCCUGUGUCCCACAUUCCAUAUACAUGAAGAAUACUGUAUCUGCAUCAGGUUUUUUUAUCUGUUUUAAUUAAAUAAAAAUAAA